CAUUAGCGCAUCGCAGCAAAAACUCUGCUAAUGCACAGUAGAGUGAGUCGACUGCAUGUUAAGCGUUCCAAAAAAAAAAAAGUUUGCCUUUGCUACUGCAUUAGUGCAACUACUGUGCCUUUAUCUAGUACCUCAUAUUAAAAGUAUUAAACAAUGCACCAUAGCAGAGGCACAUUAAUGAACAUGUAGACACAUCCAGUAAGCCUUAACUUUAGGAUUAACAUUCGAGUGAGGUGUAGGGUAGGUGAAGGUGGAGUUGUCACUAUCAAAGACAGAUUUUGGAAAGCCUGGGAUAAUUGGUGUUGGUGUCUCUAACUCACAGGGGCUAGUUUGCACAGGAAAGCUGAAAUAAAAUACCCCAAAUUCUCCUUAAACUUUCAGCAUAAGUGAUAGUCCAUGGCCCCAGUCCUGAGCACGCCAUCAGACAGACUCUGAUGUGUGAUCUACACAAUGCUUCAUUAUAAUUGUGUACAUUGACCGCAGGAUAAACUCCCUCAUAUGAGUGUGAUUAGGCAGACUGAGUUUAUUGUCCUGCCUACGUUUGAGUAAGUUGUGUUCAUGUAAAAGUUUCCAUGCUGGGAAAGGAGAGGUGGUAUGAUCUAAGAUAGGAAACAGAAAAAAACCUGAGUAAUGGGACUUUCUAUAGUGCUCCUAAGGGAGGAGGCAGUCACAUGAAUUGGCUGCUGGGGAAACUAGUUUGGAAUUAAAAAAAAACAAAAAAAAACGAACAUUUAUAUUUUUUGACUAAAUGGAAACUCACAGCACAUGAAGAAAAUGGUUUAUUUUGGGAAUUGCUGGGAUGUCGGGAAAAACAACUGGAAUUAAAAAAUAACACCUUAGACCACUGAUACAAACAGCAGCUUAGGUUUGCUGAAACUUCUUGCGGGGAUUUCUUAAUGAGCCCAGGUCUGCACUGGAAGAGGUCGGCUGAUACAGCCCCUAAGCUGCAACUUGCUGUUUUGCACGGGAGAUGCAGCUUGUACUGACCUAAAAGAACAAAUCAAAACCAGUGCUCGCAGGGUAAAACUGACUCUAGUGGGACACCCAGGCCCCGAGGCUAGGUUUUAGCUUUCCUCCAACCUUGAGGGUAGGUGUAGAGACAUUGCUAUCUUGUAGCUCAAGUGAUGAGGACGGAAGCACGCAGUGUUUCUCCUAUAGAAACGUUUUUUUUUAAGGCUUUGAGGCUUCCUUUAUACGACGAGGUGGGGAGAGUGCUUUGAUUUUCUUUGCUUUACCAAGCUCUGCAGCAUUUGUAGCACUGCCGUGACUCUCUCCCCCAUAAACAAAGCUUUCCUGAGAAAAUCGAAGACCGUCCUUAUCCAUUACACACAAUCUUUCUCUUACAAAAUCUGACACGGCCAUUUGAGGUAUGAAAGGACAUGAAGAAAGGUAGAUGAACAUGUUAGUUAAAUGUCCAAGCUGAUUCUCAGCGAAGGCAUACCUUUUCCCGGAGAGACCGAUUGAAGCGGCCAAGUUAUUAACUUGAAGAGAAUGGAAUUUAUAAUGGAAUUGCCACAACUGUGGCUACACUGGACUGCCGGGGAAACAAUUUAGAAAGAGUAAUAUUUAUCUGCUGCUUGUUUGGAGAAGGGAGGAGAGGCCGGCGAAGAUUGGUGGUUGUUCUUUGCUCAAUAACUCUCUCCUUGGGUGACCUUGGUUAACAUAAUUUGUACGUACCUUGGUUUCCCUUGUCUGUAAAAUGAAAGCAGUGACAGCCUCUUCUGCACAGUGUUUUAAGCUGGUAGGAUAGAAAAGGGGAAGAAAGGCCUCGUGGCUGGGGCAUGGCUUCGCCUCUUAAAAAAAGGUCUGGAUUCAAUCUUCAGUCCUGCCAAGAAUUUUUUGCAUGCCCAGGUUGGGGCCCUGCUAUGGUAAGGGCUGUAUGCACACAGAAAGAAAGUCUGUUUCUCAGCGAGUCGCAGUAGACAAGGCGGGCAAAGCAGAGGAGAAGAGAAGUAUUAGUUUUCGGAGGCCUGGAGGGAUUAGCUGUCUGGGCUAAUGGCACACAGGGAGCAGUAUUACCAGCCCUUUGCUUUCAAAAGUCUUGUCAGGUCUUCCAGAGAUUGUUUCAAAAUGUCGUUGGCAGCACACAUGAAUUUUGACCCAGCCCCAGGAACCUGGAUGCUGUGCAGGUCUCUUGAACCUCACUCGUGCAUCUCGAUCACACAGAUUUCAACCGUGACGGCAUAAGAAACCAUCUGCCACACGGAGAGGACUUAACAGGCCUUCACCCAGUGGAUAUUUGUUGGUUUGGAGAUUUUACUAACAGAAGGUAAGUGAGGUCAACAUAAUAGUCCAGGUAACACCCAGGCCGUGAGCUCCUAAUCCCUGCAACACUCCCUUAUGGUGCAACAGAAGUUGAAUAAACAGCCACAGAGAGACAUGCUUGUCUAUGGAGCGAGGCAGCUGCCACUGCAGAGACAGAUGCCAUUAAAUCUUAGCAGCACUGUGAGGUUCAUUAAGAAACCAAAUACAAGAAAUCCUGUGAACACGAGUGUAUUAACCGCAAUUAAGCUGGACUAAUUUGCAUCCCAUAAUUUAUUUCAUGUAACCGAGGUGCCUGUCAAUCAGCCGCUCGCUCACCUGCCAAAGUGUAAGUGGGAUCAAUUUGCUGACUAACACAAUGCGCUACAAUGGUUUCUUGUUUGACAAGCCAGCAGCCUCCCGGUGAAAGAAGUUCCCUUUCUUCACCUGGCACCUUCUUUGUGAGGCAUGAGGAAUGAGCAACAGCAAUGCCUGUGGAAAGCUAAUAGCUGGCUGGUGAAAGAGGUGCAAACUAAUUGGUGAGGUUUCACCAAUGACAGUCCUGCUGAUCUGGCCAAGAUAAGGAUAAAGGCUUAAUUCAAGUGAUCCUGGAGCAGGCAGGCUUUUUUAGCUGCUCACAUGAGCAAUGGCUAUGCUCAGGGCUAUGUGGAGGGUGGUAAGAAAUGUAUUGUGCUGCCAGUCUACUGAAGAUGCUGUCGUGGGUCCCCGAAAGAAGGAGCAGCUUCGUCCAACUGUGUCCGAUGCUCCUGUCUACUCGGAGCAUAGCAGACCCGAGGGCCCAGAGCCUCCAAUCCAAACCACUGCAAGUUCCCAGCUUGACAGUCCCUUUCCUUUAGCCCAGCUGGAUCCUGAGACCGGAGAUACAGCAAGUCAAGGUGUUUCAACACCAGAUCCAGAACGCCUUCAUGAUUUGGCAGAGGAACUGAGAUGUUCCCAGUCCUGGACCAGAGAGCUUUUGUCUCGUGUGAAUGAUCUGGAGCAACUCCUGGGGCCAGAGGUGGAGCAGCAAAGUUCUGUGCAGCCCAGCCAGAGUGAGGAGCUGCAGAUAGACCUAGAGCGGUCACCGGUGCCGGAGCCAGAGUGCAGAGUUGUAAGGGCCAGGCAGAUCAUCUAUGAUAUCCAACGUAAAGUGGUGAUUCUGCAUAAUCGCCUGCAGGAUUUAGCAAGCUCUUUCCCUGCCUCCAGAUAUCGGGCUGUGCCCGUGCACCUGGCUCUUCCACCCUCAUCUGUCUUGUCGCCGCCUGUGCCUCCUACACCAUUGCUGUCUUCUACAGUUCGGCACUUGUUCUCUAAGAUCCCCAAGAAGUCGGCCACAAAACCAGCUGCAGAGACCUCACCACAGCAAAAGAAGGAGGCUCAUGGAGAACCUUUCUCUCCAAGGCAGAACCUGAUGAAGGAAAUGCUAGAAACCAUCCGCCAAGGUGUCUCUCUAAAGCCAGUGUGCUUAUCCAGAGAGGAUGUGACGUCCCAAGUGCAAGAUGCAUCCUCUUUGGAACAUGAGCCAGAGUCUUUGAGCAAGGAAAGCUGCUCUGAAACAGUUGCCCCACUGGAUUCUUGCAGCAGCUCAGCUGGUUCCAGCCAAACUCAUCAGCCCCUUGGGCGCUCCAUCCUAAGAACUAACAGUGCAGCCUCUACUGGCCUGCCCACUGCCCAGGCUCGCAGUGAAGACGGCUGCCCAGGCAGGACAUGGGAGAAACCUGGCAGAAGAUCUCAAGAUGAUGAUAACAAAGGGACCAGUGCCCUUCUGGAAACCACCCCUCGAGGGGAAGGGAGCCACCUCAAAGAAGAGAACUCUAGCAGCUCCCCAACCAGCUUGGACACCAUUUGUCAGACACUGGAGGAUGCUGAAGCAAUGGACAGCAGCACACCUCCAAGCAGCCAGGACCAUCAAGCUGUGGAGGAGAAGAGCUGCAAAGAUGAACCAUGUGCAGAAGCUGUCGCGGCUGGUGAGAUGUGUGAGGAGAUGCAGAGUGAAGCCCCAGCCAGCGUGAUGGCUAAGCCUCUUGGUGAAGGCUCUGGGGAGGUGGAUCAUGGAGCGGGCAGAGAUCCUCCGAAGACUGCUGAGCUUAAUGGCUGCAAGGCUCUGUCCCUUCACAUCAGUUGCUCAAAGGUGGAUCUGCUGGAGGAUGACAGAGGCCAGGACACGCACGUUGCAGUAGUUGUCUCCUGCCUGGAUGACGCGGAUGCUCCGAACCGAAGUGCUGAACAAACCCUGCCUGCCCAAGAGUGUCCCAGCCCCCUGGUCUCUGCAGGAACCCCAGGAGCACAGCCGGCCUUGAACCCUCUGGUUGCCUGUGAUGUAGAACCUAAUACCCCUCCAGAGGAUGGAGACCUUGCCAAGGGAGAGCCUGUGCUUUCAGCUGGUUCCCAUGCUGCUCUGGAAAGGAGCUCACCAGAGGGAGCAGAAAUGGUACUGGAAGGGGGAGCUGGGGUCAGUGCUUCAACAGAACAAAGCAGCUCCCUAAAGGAUAGUGCAGCUGCAACGGCUCUCUUGUUGUCAGGAGCAAAAGGGCAGCCUCCAGCAGAGAUGCAGCUGACUGCUGUGCCAGACCUGCUCUUGGAGGCUGGCCCUGUAGCCUCCUCUGACUCCAAGACAAACCCUGUGGUCUUGGGCUCUCCUUGAGACUAUGGGAGAAAUGUGUAGCCUAGAACCAGAGCAGCAGCUCUCAGCAGUAGCAGCAGCUCAGCCUGGUUCGGAGACCUACUAGGACUGUGGGGGGGAAGGGGUGGGAGUUGCCAGUUUGUGCAAACACUAAGCUAUGCACGGUCCUGAGGUCUGCAGAGGCACCACUAACUUAAGAUCCUGUUUUGCUGUGGAAUGACGUGAUUUUUCUUGGUAAAUCUGAACUUGAUCCAGAUCCACAUGCCAUGGAAAAUAGUGGUGGGGAAACCUUGGCCUCCUUGCUGGAUGCUUAAGAGCAUAACAUGAACUGGCACAGUGUUUCUAAAGAAUUAGUGGGCUGAGGGGGAGGAAUCACGGGGGCUGGUCUCAACACUUUCGGCCUUCUGAUGGCCCCUGCAGAUGGAAAGGCGUGUGCAUUUAACCAAUUAAUGCAGCUUUAUGCAAGCCCUUCUGGGAUUUAAUCAAGUUGGGGACCCCCUAGUUUUACUUCUGCAAGAUGGCUGGUUGUAGACGAUGCCUGUCUUCUCAAUGUAGCGUUAAGCAAUCCUUUAUUGGACUCAAAUAAAAGGUCUUUUUACACUU